AUGUCUGCCAGCGGUGAAACUCUCUUCUCGGUUGUUGCGUCUCGGGUGACCAUCGAUGUGGACUCGAUGGAUCCCAACGAUGCCGCAAGCUUCAGCGGGGUCUACCAGUUCCAGGACAUGACGUCCAACCAGGCCAUCGUCUACAAUAACGCUAGCCGUGCUGACAGGCAUAAGGUCUUACUCAAGGCCAUCGAGCUCGCUCAAGCCGAGCGAUCCCCGUCUGAUCCGGAAUUCGUGAAGGAUGUCACGGACCUCCUGAACGUUCUCCUAGCGAAGGAAGUAUACCCGUAUCUCAAAGGCCGGGUGCACGUUCAGGUAGCCCCUGCAACUGCGUACAGCACCGACGGGACCGUCCAGCACGCCAAGAAGCUUGUGUCCCUAUUUGAGAAGCACGGCAUUCCUAAAGACCGAGUCUGCGUGAAGAUACCCGCGACGCCCGAGUCCAUCCUCGCCUGCCAGCAACUCGAACGCGAAGGCAUUCGUACCCUGGCUACGUGCCUCUUCUCCGUCGAGCAAGCCGUCGCAGCGUCGCAAGCGGGCUGCCUCUACGUCGCUCCCUACUUCAACGAACUUCGCGUCCACUUCGAGCCUUCGUUGUGGAAGGACUAUGCGAAUACAUCCGUCGAGCACCCGAUGGCGCCCGUGAUCGGCUCCAUUGUUCAGACGUUCAAGGCUAUCGGGUCGAAGACGCUCGUCAUGCCCGCCAGUAUUGUUACUGCUGAAGAGGUCGUGGCGCUCACCUCCCUGGGCUCGGACCACCUAACACUAUCCGGCGGCGUCCUGAACCAACUAAAGCAGUCGCCGAAAGAAACGCAUCUUCAGACUCUGCAAUCUACGAAGGCUGGCCAAGCCACACCGGUUCAAGGGGACUUCCUCGCCGACGGCGGUAAGUUGCUAACGGAGGCGCUGAAGAAGGACGUGGAGGCGAGCCGCAAGCUGAAGGAUGCGCUGGAGCUGUUUGCGAUGAUGGAGGAGAAGACUUUCGAGCUGAUCAAAAGGGAGAUUGCGAAGUGAGAUCUUACCACGUGUAGACGAGGUAUGGUGAAGCGCUCAUGCCAGUGCACAUGUCCUACCCGUGCCGAAGUAAGCUCACUCGUUGCUAUCAAGCACAGAGAUAAGGAAGUGCCAUUGAAUGCUGUAUCAUAUGAUUGGUACUAUGUAUACCCAAAACUCGAAAGCAGAAUAUGAACUUCCAAUGAGAGUGGAG